AUGAAAUUGAAAACCCACAUCUGCAAAAAGACUCCAUCGAAUAUCAAUGGCGAAUAUCCAUUGAAAAUAAUUUCCAAUAAGGAUAUUGGUGGACCUGGUGGUAAUCAAGAAAAUUCGAGUAAGGAUAAGACAUUGGAAAAUCUCCCCUUGAGCUGUGUCGACUGGAGCAGUAAUGAUGAAAUUUAUUUUGUGAGUGAUGACCAUCAAAUUUUCAAAUGGAGUUCGGCAACAAGGGACUCUGUGGAAGUGGCAAAAUUACCGGAUGAUUUCAUACCCACAGAUUUACAUUGGUUGCUACUGGGUGGCCGCAGCAGUGGUGGGGGCAAGGGUAGUGACACUCUAUUAAUCUGUAGCAAUGAUGGACGUUUUAUUAUUUUGAAUAAAAGUUCAAGGGUGGAGAGGAGUAUUACAGCCCAUGCUGCGGCCAUUUCGUCGGGUAGAUGGAGUCCCGAUGCAGCUGGACUGUUGACUGCUGGCGAAGAUGGUGUCAUCAAAAUCUGGUCCCGAUCGGGAAUGUUACGCUCAACGGUCAUACAAAGUGAUGAGCCAAUACGAUGUGCCCGAUGGGCACCCAAUUCCACAUCGAUUGUAUUCUGUCAGGGCAGCUAUAUAUCGGUGAAGCCUUUGGCGGCCAAUAGUAAAUUGAUAAGGUGGCGUGCCCAUGAUGGCCUGGUCUUAUCCCUCAGCUGGUCAUCACAAUCGAAUAUCAUAGCCUCUGGUGGAGAAGAUUAUCGUUUUAAAAUUUGGGAUUCCCAGGGAGCGAAUUUAUUCACCAGUACCACCGAAGAAUAUGCCAUAACGGCUGUGGCCUUUAACCCCGAAAAGGAUAUACUGCUGGUCAGCACUUUCAACAUGCUAAAACUGUGUUCCACUGCGGGGUGGUCCUAUAGCACAGCCCGAUUCAAUGAACCUGUUGUUGGAUCAUUCCACACCCUCUCCUGGUCCUCGGAUGGUACUCAGGUGGCAUGUGGUACCUCGACAGGACAACUAAUUGUGGGCUAUAUUGUCCAAAAGCAAAUGAUAUCGAGGAACUUAAAGGCCACAACAACAGGAAGGAAAUCCCUGCGUUUGGAAGAUACAUCGAAUGGCAGCAGUGAUAUGCUGGAAUUUACUGAACGUGUUAUAAAUUUCGCCGUGGGUUAUGGUCAUCUGAUUGUGGCCACCUCGAAUCAAAUACAUAUUUAUAAUGAAAAAUAUAUCAAUACACCGAUUAUUAUUGAUGGCCGGACCGAUGUCAGGGUUAUACAAGUGGGGAAGAAGUUUUUUAUGGUCUUGGACUCCACCUCUAUAUGGGUUUAUACCUACACCGGACGUUUACAUUUGAAUCCACGCUAUCCGGGCAGCCAGGCUCAAAUACCAUUGCUAAAUGGCCGCAGUAUUUCGUUAGGAUUGGAUACUUUGGUGGUUAGAGAUAAUUCGGAUACAAUGGUCCUUCACAUUUUCGAUUUAAUACCGGGAGCGACGCGGCAAUAUGAACCCUUCAUGCUAAAGGCGAAGACACAAAUUGCCGAAAUUGCGGCUUGUCGUGCUGGAACUGUCGAUGAUCAAUUUGUUGUGAUGAUAGACAACAAUCGGGAAUUGUAUAUAACUGAGACCAGAAAUUUGAAUAGCAGUAACGAAAGAAGUGCCAUUGCUGGUAGUAUCAGUGGAUCGAGCUCUGGAGAAAUAUAUAAAAUUGGAACCCAGGUGACGACAGUACAAUGGGCAAGUGAGUCCAAUAUUUUGGUGGGUGUCCAUGACACAUGCUAUAGCAUCUGGUAUUGCCCCGGGGAGGGGGCACCAGAUCCAACAAUUAUUGCUCUGACCACAGUGACCAUAGAUGCAACGGAAUUUGGUAAAAACAUUGCCAUUGAGUCCUUUGAAGAUUCCAUUGUGACAUUCCGCUGUUCAGGGGCUCUGCUGCCCAUCGCGGUGAAUAUGUAUUGUGAGAUAUUGCAUCGCACCCUUGCCGAGGGCCAAUGGCAGCAAUCGCUGAAGAUAUGCCGCCUAGCCCACAAUGCCUACUUAUGGGCCACCUUGGCUGCAGUGGCUACACGUAAAAAUCAACUACAAAUUAGCGAAGAAGCCUAUUCGGCAGCUCUGCAAAUCGAUAAGGUUAGCUAUUUGCAGCACAUUAAAACAUUGGAUCCCUCAAGUCCGGAAUAUAUGGCGGAAAAUUCCCUGAUGUUGGGUAGACUUAUUGAAGCGGAGACGAUAUUAAUUCAUAAUCGGAAAUAUCGUGAAGCUGUGGCAUUGUGUCUGCGUAUGCACAACUGGCGUAAGGCGUUGGAGGUGGCCCAAAAACAUGAACCGGAUUUAAUGGAAGUGGUACUGGAACAGAGAAGGAAAUAUUUGAACGCUUUGAAUCGUGAAGAAUGGGAUACUUUAUUUAUUAGUUUGAGUGUAAAGGAUAAUGAUGAAUAAAU